AGUUAAAAAAUCUAAUUUAAAAAAACAAAAAACCUUUUAUGUAUGCGAGCGAAACAAAAUAUCAGUAAUCGAUUUUUAAACUCCUGACAUAUCUAUGCACGAAUUAGCCCAAGGGAAAAAAAAAAUUGGAGUAGAUAAUCUCUUAGAUUGUUCCCUGAUUCAACUUGACUCAGCAGAAAAUCUUUGUGGACAAAUGCAUGAAGAUGGUACGCCUUCAUCGAUUGGCUGUUAGCUUAUUAGUGUGGUAACGACCACUGAGUUCACGUGCAAGCGGUUCAAUAGUAAAAAGCAGUAGGUCUAGGCUACAAGUCAACUAUCAUUACUUCAGUACAAGUAGCGAACAUGGACUCUAGUGACACAUCGGCAGUGAGCAGAAGAAAACCUGGGUUGAUGCCCUUGGAUGAUUACGUCGCUCCGCCUCACUAUGACCCUGCCAUUAUCGAGCUUGAAAAAGCGAUUGACCUGGCCGAGAAAUCCGGGGUCAUUCCCGAGCUGGUGGAGUCCCUAAAACGUACCAGAGAGCUGAUAGGGCAGAGAGACGAGUUCACUGUGUUCUGUACCUCAAGUGAGAGUCCAACUUGCAAAGACAUCUACGACAAAACCUGCACCCACGACUGGAGGAAAGUGUUCGAUGAAGGGAGAACAACCUGGAAUCUCUCACCUGUUAUGAUGACAGGUCAACUUGAAGGUCAGUUUUUAAAGUCCAUUGUUAGUAUACAGAAAGCAAAGAAGAUUUUGGACAUUGGCAUGUUUACGGGAUACAGCGCACUGUCAUUAGCAGAAGCUCUGCCAGAGGAUGGCGAAAUGUGGACCAUAGAUUUUGAUGAAUAUCUCAAGACUUUUGUACAAAACAUAACACAAUCAUCACCCCAUGGACAAAAGAUCAAAUACUUAAUUGGUAAUGCAUUAGAGAUUCUUGAGAAGCUGCGACAGGAUGGGCAAAUAUUCGACAUCGUUUUUCUAGAUGCAGCUAAAGUUGAAUAUAAAGAUUAUUUGGAGUAUGCUUUUGAGAAGAAUCUUUUGGCACCGAGAGGGACUGUACUAGUGGACAACUCCUAUCAGUUUGGCGAAAGCUACUCAGAAGAAGAGACGAUUUCUAAAAAGUUUGCCAAGAGAGUAGCUUUUGAUACGUCCUUACACUCAGUUUUGGUGCCAAUUAGAGAUGGAAUAAUGGUUAUCCGUAGGGUGGUUGAUGUUGAAGGCGGUGUAACAGAAUCCAGCAACUAGAAAUAAUUUUUAAUAUUUACAUUUUAAAAUGCAUUUCUCAAAUGUUCACUUAUAUUUUAAUUAUUUUUAGCAUUUAUAUAUUGUUAUAGCUGUUUCGUCAAAAUAAAGUUUAUUUUUAUUUAGUUUAUAAAAUGCUUUUUGCUCACUGUCUACUAAAUUUUAAUUUUUUUUUUAGCAAUGACAGGGUUCUUUUAAAAAAGAAAGUCUGUAUAUUGCUAUUUUCCCAGUACAUCUUACAUAGUGUAUCAGGCAUCUUGUGUUCUCGUGCUAAUCUUGAUUUCAUUUGUAUUUCCUGUUCAUUUCUUGCCUUUUUUUUUGAGGAAACAGUAUUUGUGCUUUUCAUUAAGCCUUUUCAUCAUCGGAAUCCUUGGGCUUAGGGCCUCUUUUCUUUGCCUCUUUUCUUUGCCUCUUUUCUUUGCCUCUUUUCUUUGCCUCUUUUCUUGCCUCUUUUCUUUGCCUCUUUUCUUUGCCUCUUUUCUUUGCCUCUUUUGUGGACGUUUUUUUUUAUUAAAAAUUUUCACAUCUACCAACUGUACUUCUUAUAACUAAUGUACAAAACAAUAUUUUUUCAGCUUUUUGAAGUUUUUACUCCACAUUUUUGUGUAGCUUUAACAGAACAGAGACUGACAUAUUAUGUAUAUAUAUAUGGAGGGCGUGGUGGCUGAGCGGUUAAGCGCUUGGCUUCCGAACCUGGGUUCGAAUCUUGGUGUGACUGAUUUUGAAUUCCGGGGUUUUCAGGGCACCCCUGAGUCCACCCAACUCUAAUGGGUGCCUGACUUUAGUUUGGGAAAGUAAAGGCGGUUGGUCGUUGUGCUGGCCACAUAACACCCUGCUCGUUAACAGUUGGUUAAAUAAACAGAUGAUCUUAACAUCAUCUGCCCUAUAGAUCACAAGAUCUGAAAGGGGUGCUUUUCUUUCUUUUUUUAAAAUAUUUGAAUAAGAAACGCGGUGGCUGAGCGGUAAAGCAUACAUACUAUUAUCACCAAUGUAAGGCCACUUGUACUGUUUCGUACGUUUCUUUAUUGAACUGAAUCUAGCUAAAACUAAACUUCGUCUUCUGUGAUGACAACCCAUAAGUGCUUGAAACUUAAUAUAAAAAAAAAACACCGACAUGCUAAUGUGUUCAAAUAACCAAGAAGUUGAUACUAUAUUAAACGUGUCCCAAACUUAAAAAGUUAAGAUGCAAAUUUUUAAUUUUGGUCCUAUAAGGCAAUUGACCGAAAGGACAAUGCACUUAGAUUGAUAUACUGGCAAGGAUAUCGGUAAAUUUGCAAAUAUCUCAGAAGUCACAAAUAGGCUACGUUGCGCCGAUGGUAUAUUAUAUGGCUGCCUGGUCAUGUGGUAUGCAUUCUGAAACAUCUAAAACAGAGUUUACAAUAUGCAGAGCUCAGUAAGGUUUUGAAGAAAGAACAGGAAAA